AGUUCAGCAACUUCUCAAAAUCAAAAAAGGGAAAUCCAAUAAAAAAUAAACAUAAACAAACAAAAAUUGAAAAAUACAGUUUUUUUUAAUAAUAACUUUCCUCUUUCCUUUAACAAAUGAUUUCUUUAAUAAUUUCAAAUAUUAAUCCGAGAAUGUAAAUAAGUAAAAAAUGGGGGACGUUUUCUCACAAGUUGUCGGCGAGGAACACAACGUCAACACAUUAUUAACCCAAGAAAUUUGUAAUUUAACUUACAACGAAUUUUUGACUCUAAUAGGAGAACUGAAUAUUUUAGCCAAAAAAUGUCUGGACUCCAAAGGCUACUCACUGAUGUUUGCUGUGAAAAAAGACACAGAUUCUACAGUGUUUUGGAAAGCCACUGUUCAAAUCGCUUGCGUUAAAAUUGACUCAAAUUCUCAAAAAGUCCUCACCUACAGGUUAUUGUCUUUGAGUCAAUUCCUGAAAGUUUUCAAAACUUUCAAAUGUCAGAUUGUCGCAGCAGAACAGAGUACUAGUGCCAGUACUUUAGGAGAUUUAACAAUCUCUACCAUGUUACACGAGUCACUUAAUUCUGCAGAAAUUCCAAACGAAUGUAUAAUUUGCUUUGAAAGAAAGCAAGAUGUUACUUUGCCUUGUGCUCACAGCUACUGUACUCAAUGUAUAGAAGAAUGGAAUGAAUUCAACAACACUUGCCCAAUCUGCAGAGAAAGACUGGAGAGUCCCAACGAUACAUGGGUGAUUUCAGAAGUUCCCAAUGCUGAGGAAAUAAGUAAUGAAAUUAGGGAAAAUCUUUUGGAACUUUCUGAAGAAAGGCAUUCUAUGUGUAAUCCUUCUUAAAAAGGAGUAUUUUAUUAAGUUUUGUGAUUAGAUUUUUACACAAGUUUUGUGGUUAAAAAAAAAAAUGUUUUUAUGGAAUGAUUGUAAUUUUUAUGUGUUGGUUUUGUCCAAAAUUACAAUAAAAUGUAUUUAAUGUAGGUUUAAAAUAUAUUUUGUUUUCUUAUAAGUUCUUG